AUGCCGUCGAUCAAGGCUUUCCUGUCGACCUUUGUCCUCGUCGCUCUCGCCCUCGCACCCACCGCACGAGCCGGCAUCAUGCUGCAAGGGAACGAUCUCGUUCACCGCUCCACGUCGCAGCCGUCGCUCUACUCGAACACGUCGCCUGUCGAGAAGCGCUCGCCCGAGUCGCGCGAAAAGUCGGCGGCCCGCGUCAAGCGCGCAAAGCUGGCCGCCGCAAAGAAGGCGAGGCGCGGCGCAGGAGAACAGCACGACGCGGCCCACGCCCUCCUCAAGCGGCACAUCACCGAGACGUACGAGCGCGAGGGUGUCACGAAGAGCCUGCUCGCCCGUCGCGCCCUCUUUGCCCGCGUCCUCAAGCGUUACCGCUGUGGCCAGAGCAAGGUGUGCGCCAAGGCCGUCACGGACCCGAACGACAUCCCGGCCAACGGCGCCGCCAUCUGCGACCCCCCGGGCUACUUCCUCGCCGGCGGCGUCUGCAUCCAGAGCUCCUCGUCGUGCGGCAGCACUACGUGCGGGUCGACGGACAACGGCGCGUUCCUCUGCACCGGCGCCAACGUGUGCACGCUCGUGUGCGACACCGCCAACGGCUAUGUCGCGACGCCACAGGGCACGUGCGUCAGCCUCGUCACGUCGCCGAGCAACUGCGGCGCCGUCGGCAACGUGUGCCCGGGGUCGUACAACGGCAUCGGGAAGCCGCAGUGCCGCAACAGGAACUGCCAACUCAACUGCCCGCCCGGCUACUACAGCAAGCGCACCCAAGACCGACAGGCUGUGCUCUGCUACGGCGCCUAACUCGGCAAGGUCCCUCGGCUCUACCCCUCAUUCGUCCUUCGCCUCGUUCCCCUCGUUAUCCUCACCCUACACGGACUUGUGCCCUCGUUCGCCGUCCUCCCGUCGCCGCCAGUCCCUUGGCCUUUCCUCCAGCCCCUGCCGACGGUCUGUUCGACCGUCGAACCCACCUCGGCUGCGGCGAGCUGGCCCCAUUCCCCUCGUCCCCCCUCCUCUUCCUUCCCUCGCCCAUGUCACCGUGCGCCACGCUGUGUGUUGUACCCCUUUCCUUUCUGGCUCGAAGCCUCUUAACUUGAGUAGUCUCGGUCGGAACAGCACACGGUGGACAUGCACAACCU